UCAAACCGUGAUUGUAUUCCGAACGAUUAAGACCACAGAAUUAAAAAAAUAAAAACAUCUCAACAAAUAAAUAAAAAAAAAAACAAAAACACUUGAACGUCGCGAUAAUGAUUUAUGAAUCAUCCUACGAAAGUGGUGGCAGUCCAUUUCUACCCGAUUUGAAACGAGGAUAUUGGUCAAAGGCCAGUGAUUUUCUCUAUGCUGGUCUUAGUAUAGGAUUUCGCUUAGAUGUUUUUGCCCUAACAUGGGUCGCCAGGGUGGAAACUGGAGUAAGUGGCUUUCUGCCAGCAUAUUUGAUCAGUCUGGCGUCGUAUGUAGUUCCAUUGCUUGUUGUGAAAUCAUUUUUGGGUCAAUUUUCAAGUAGUGGAUUUAUAUCGGCGCUGAGGUUAUGUCCACUUUUCAAAGGCAUUGGCUAUGUUUCAUUGUUCCUGAACGUGUGUGUCCUGGUCUAUUACAGCGUGUUUGCCAUGAUACCAUUGUUCUACUUGUUGACCUCAUUCAAGCCGACAUUGCCAUGGAGCUGUGAGGGCAUACGAAAGUGGACGCAAGAGGAUGUACUUUUGUGUCCAUCUGUGGACGAUGAUCCAUGUGAGGGGGGUUGCUAUAAAUCCGUGGCCUCAUCUUUGUAUUUUUACAAUCUGUUUGGCAAAUACAGUUUCUUGGGCUUAAAUAUUCACAUGUCCUGGCAUUUGGUAUUAACCCUUCUACUGCUGUGGAUCAUAAUUGCUGUGAUAUUUUACAAAUUAACAUCAACAGAAAAAAUUGGUCAAUUUGUGCGAUAUUCCGUCCAAAUUAUCCUAAGUGUAUUGCUGAUUUUCAUCGUGCGCUAUUCAUUUCUUCCGGGCACAGUGGAACACUAUAAACGAAUCAUUCAACCCAACUGGGAUGAUUUCUUUUCGGAAAUGGGAAAAUUACCCGCUUAUGGUCUCGCGGCAUUUGGUCCGGGAUGGGGUCUUUUCAUUACCCUGUCAAGUUUUAAUAAAUUUCGAACAAAUAUCACACGAAGCAGUUGGAUAAUUGGCAUCGGUCAGAUGUUUGUAAUUUUCGGUUUGGAUAUGUUGGAGAAAUUCAUAAAUCUGCAUUUGAAGUCUUCAACUGAAGACCGCUACUUUCGCCAGCAGACACAAUUUGGAACAUUUUUCCUAACAAGCGGCAGUUCUUUGGCAGCCUUAGGUUGGCCCAAUUUUUGGUCAAUUUUAUUCUAUUCUAUGCUAGUUUUAGCUGCUGUAGUUUUGAUGGUCAUACAACUGCAAUCGAUAUUGACGAGUAUUUUCGACGAAUUUGUCUUUCUCCGAGAACAAAAGUUGCGUUUCACCCUGUACGUUAUAGCACCAAUGGCCAUCCUGUCGCUGUACUUUUCUUCAUUGAGUGGCUACGAGUCAAGUGUAAAUCUAAUGCUAGAGACUUUCAUAAGUCAAUCGCUGGUGAAUCUACUUCUAAUUUUAUUGGUAACCUGGAUCUAUGGCCGCGAACGUUUUCAGCGUGACAUAUUUUUUAUGACCAAUCAACGAUUCGACACAUUGGAUGUGUAUGUUUUGAGAUUCUUUGCCCCAUUGUGCAUGUUGGUGGUAUUGGUUGUUGUAUCAUUCAUAAUCCUAUUCAAUUACGCCUUUAGCGGUCAUUCCACCAACUUCUUUGAUGUUUUCAUAAAGCUGUUGCCUUGGUUCUCAAUUCCGGGCUUUAUCAUCUACACCCUGUACCGAUCACAGGGUACUUUGAAGGAACGUUUUUUGAAAUGCUGCCGCCCGAACGAUUGGUAUCCCAUCGAAGCCGAAGAACGUGUGCGAUAUGAGGAGACCGUAAAUAGUUCCAAUAUGUCGCAUCCUCUAACGGAUCUAAAAUGGGAUGAUGAAGUGUUCGAUGAUGAAAAUAUUGUUGAAAAUGCUUAAAUUAAAUUUAAAUAAUUAAAUAUGUAUAUUUUUAAUAAAGACUGAAAUAAUUAAUUAAAUAAAAAAAUAUUGA